CAAUGGCACUGUUGAACGCGAACGCUGGUGAAGCAAAAGUCAGGUCGAGUUCGGAGAUCGGGGUGGUUCUGCACUAGCGGAGCCUCAAUCCCAUAGGCUCCGAGUCGGUUGGCAGCACGACAGAAAAAGUUCCGCCGGGGAACAUCUCGACCAUCAUCGUCUGCCAACAACAACCCCCAGCGCCAUGUCUCACUGCGAGCUGGCUUCGAAGCCGCUGCUUCAAUGUCUGCGGACAACCUACGCUAGAAGUCUUCUGGUCGUCCAGCUCCAGUCGACGCGCGCCUUUGGUUCGACCGCAUCCGCGCGAGAUGAAGCUCAGGCCGAGUCUGCAAAGCAGCCCUUCUACAAGGCGCCUGAUCCGUCUCUUGUCACAAGCCCUCGACUUGAGAGAAGAUUGCUGAAAUCCGGUGUCUCUCCGAUCGGAUCUCGUCGUCGUCGUGCUGCGUUGCAGGAUUCUCCGAACAUCCCUUUCGAACAGCUUCCGUAUCAAUGUUUCCAGGAGGCGCGAAAGAUUCUUCUCGCGGACCGCGAGGAGAAGCUCAAGCAGAUUGAGACUGAAAGGGAAAGAAUAGCAAGGCUCCGGGAGAAGCCUGCUGAAGAGGCUGGAGGGGAAUUGUCCAAGAAUUCUAGACUAAAGGCCAUGGAACAUCAUCUGGAGCAUCUGAAGAUUCUCGCAGAUAUCAACGAUCCUGUGGUCAAGAAGCGUUUUGAAGAUGGGGAAGGAGACAUGAACAAGCCCAUCUACCGAUAUCUGGCAGACCGGAAGUGGAGAGAGUACAGACGCCUGAUCCUCGUCCAGAGAAUUACGCAGAUGAAGGUCAUUCCCGAUGUCCUCCCUCACUGCGAUCCCACGGUGGAUGUAAAGCUAUACUUCAACAGACGCGCCGUUCAGCCUGGUGAAUUCGUGGACUCUCGCGUCAGCGUUUCUCCCCCAAAAUUGAAUAUUCAAUCAUUCGAACGCGGCGAGAAGCUCGUCACCAUCGCAGUCGUCGACCCGGACGUUCCCAAUGUUGAGGAGAACGGCUUUGACUACAAAUUCCACUAUCUUGCCGUCAACGUUCCGAUUUCGCCUACCUCUACGCACGUCGACCUCGCCAAACUUGCGCAGGACUCGCAGGUGGUUCUUCCGUGGCUGCCCCCAACCGCCCUCAAGGGAAGCCCCUACCAUCGUCUCUCCCUUUUCGUCAUGGAGCAGAAGGACAACAAGCCGCUUGACUUUGCCGCUGUCAAGGAGAAAGAGGUGAACCGUGAUGACAUGCGCCUUCGCACUCUCCAGGCCAGAUACCACCUGAAGGCCAUCGGUGCGCACCUGUUCAGAAACAAGUGGGAUGAGGGAACUGCACAGGUUAUGGAGCAGCUUGGCAUUGAGGGAGCCGAUAUUGAGCUCCGGAGGAAGAGAGUUGAGCCUUUGCCUUAUAAGCGAAGGAACCCUGCUUCGUUCCGAUGAUCGACUCGUUAUGUCCUUCUACGGAGUGAGCUCGCUAUUGGCAAUGCAUUGUACUGUACAACUGAUAUGUAUGAAUAUACACCCUUUUCCCUUCUUCCAAUACUCCUAAACACCUUUAUCCCAAGUCAUUUCCCUGUGGUUUGUAUUGUACACCGAAUCUUCGUGGGCCGAUGGGCAUU